CCAAAACAACAAGGGAAGAAAAUCCUGAACAAUUUGAGGCAAUACCCUUCGAACAGGAUACUUCCAGGAUGCGUGGUAUCCUUUUAAUUGCCUAUGCACUGAUAUUGUGUCUGGGACUUGGUAUUCGUACAAGUUGCAACGCUGAAGAUAGUCCUGGAUUCUUUUUGAAAAUUACCAAAAAUGUACCACGUUUGGGUAGAAGAUCGGAUAAGGAAUUUGGACGUGGAUUAUGGGGCACUUACAAGUCGGUGCCACGCAUGGGAAGGAGUACUCAGAGUGAUAAUGAUUUCUAUUCCCUAAUCAAUUGGCUGCAGCAGGUACAAUCUAUGAAAUCCGUGGGCAAACGUGUUCUGAUGAGUCCCCAGAUUUCUUUGCUGACCUCGGAAAAUGAGUUGAGUGUUGUGCAACCGGUAAAUUCGAAUACCUUGAGAGAAUUGUUGAAUAAAAAUGCCAUACCUCGAGACAAUGUGAAAUUUGUCCAUUGGAAAGAUUUCGAUCGGGCACUGCAAUUGGAUUCAGAACUCUAUGGCAAAGUAAGUUCGUUGGGACUAAAACCGGAUCAGCUGCUGAAACAGGGUAUCAGUGUUGGCAACUAUAUUCCCCUAAUGGAAAAUGCUGUCGAUGCAGAUGGUACCGAUUAUGCCCUGUACACCCGGGAUGGUGGUUUUGAUGGUCCUUAUGCUUCGGAUUUUCUGAGAUAUAAUAGUUAUUAAUUGUGUGUGAUUUUGGAACAAUUUUGGAUUUUGGCUUAUUAUCGUAGCUUAUAAGAUCUGCAUAUGUCGUAUGUGAAAACGAGUAUUCUAGUCAUUUAAUUACGAGUACGGACUUACAUAUUUAUAUCCAUGGAUGAUGUCUAAUAAAAUAUUUAUAUAUU